AUGAACAACGACCAGUUCCGGAAGCUGGCCCUCGGCUCGGCCGCGUCCUCUGGCAGCAAAAAUGGCACCUCCAACAACAGCAGCAGUGCAGCACCGGGCGCGGCACGAGCCCUUGGAUCCCGGCAAAAAGCGAGCAUUCCCAUGACGCCACGCUACGGUAGCGACGUCAGCAGAGUGGCCUUUGCGCGGCAACUGGCUGAGCGAUACAACAACGGCGGUGACGACGACGACGACAAAACGAAACAGAAGCAGAAACAGAAACAGAAAUUCCGCACGUCGAAUCCAAAAGGAAGCACGUUUGCCGCCGGCUACGUGGACCGGGCCAAGAUGCGGUCGGAGCAAGAGGCCGACGACAGCGACCGGGCGGCGCGGCUGGCGGCACUCGAGGCGCUGCACAGAAAGGGCGAGGUCGAGCAGGCCGUGUACGAGAAGCUGCGGCUCGAGAUGGCCGGCGGCGACCUGUCCAGCACGCACCUGGUCAAGGGCCUGGACGUUAAGCUGCUCAGCCGGGUGCGCAUGGGCGAGGAUGUCUACGGGACUGGGCAGGACGGGGGAGACGAGGGAGGCGACAGACAAAAGGACGGACCGGCAUUCCCGCCCCCCGGCGACGUCGACGACGAAUUCGAACAGCUGGAAGCGGCCGACGUCCAGGCCGUCGAGCGCGAAAAGGCCAAGAAAAAGGGGCAGUACUCGACCACGGCGGCUGCUGGCCAGAAACGGUCGCGGGACCAGAUUCUGGCCGAGAUGAAGGCGGCGCGCGAGGCCGCCAAGCAUGCCAAAGCCGCGGCCGCUGAACCGGCACUCAGCUCACGCUUCAAGAAGAUUGGGGCCCCGCAGGCGGCCGGCUCGCGCAUCGAGAUCGACAGCCGCGGCCGCGAGGUGCUGGUGAUUGUGGACGAGGACGGACACGAGAAGCGCAAAGUACGGAAAGCAGCGCCGCCGACCGGUGGCACGGGCACCGCCGAUGCACCAGGCGUCAAAAGCGCCAAAAGCGACGUUCUGGGCAUGGACGUGCCCGAGUUCUACAGGAAGAAGCAGGAGGCCGAGGCGGCAGCUGCCGCGGCCAAGGACGUGGACAUUUUCGACGAUGCCGGGUCCGACUACGAUCCACUGGCAGGUAUGGAUGCAGAGAGUUCCGAUGAGGACUCUGAGGAGGAGAAGCACAACCAGGACGACUCUGAGGAGGAGGAAAAGCACAACAAGGACAGAGACAUGGACCGUCGAGACGCCAAACGCAGACGACGGUCGUCCUCUGCCAGCCGUCGGGACGACGAAGUCGGCGAUGCCAGCGAUGCCAGCGAUGCCAGCGAGGCGUCAAGGCGAAGCCGCGACAGGCCGCGACGGUCUCCGAGCAGAGAGAGGGAGAGACGGCAGGCAUCACAGCCAACGCAGCCAGCUGCAAAGCCGCGAAGCAGCUAUUUUGGCAGCGCACCGCUGCUGUCCGAAGAGUCGUCGCGCGGCGGCCCCUCGCUCAAGGACCCCUCUGUGCUGGCGGCCCUGCGCAAGGCCAAGCAGAUGCGCGAGGCGAGCGAGGCGGACGCCAAGAGCCAGGCACUCUCGAAAGAGGCCGCGCGCGAGGCGCGGCUCAAGACGCUGAUGCAGAGCAGCGACCGCGACGCCGAGGAUCUGGACAUGGGCUUUGGCACGAACCGGCUGGAAGACACGGAGGACCUGGACGACGACCGCGCGGGCGGCCGCCACGAACGGCUGUCGACGUGGCACGGUGGGACAGGCGCAGGCGGCAACGUGGACGACGACGAGAGCGGCCAAGGCGGCGGAUCGCGCGGCGACAAGGCCAAGAGGAAGCGCGGCGGCAGCGGCAAGAAGCGCAAGGGCGACGGCAACAAUGCCGAGGACGUGAUGCGCGUGCUCGAGAAGCGGCGGGCGGGGGCGUAG